GCAACGAGCACACAAGUGGUGACGACGGCAACAUGAAGCACGGCCUCAAGAUGCGCAAGCUGCAGCGCACCAGCUCGCACCGCUAUGCGCUGCUCCGCAACCUCGUCUCGGCGCUCCUCCACCACGAGAUGAUCAAGACGACUGUCCCGAAGGCCAAGGAGGCCGCGCGCAUGGCCGAGAAGAUCAUCACCCUCGGCAAGAAGGGCACGAAUGUUGCCCGCUCGAACGCCCAGGCCUUCCUCAUGCCCGCGCACCACUACACAUCCGAGGCGUACAACGCGCCUGUCACCCCGACUCUGCCGCCUUCCGCUUUGGAGGACCCCGAGGCUUUCGUGCCCAGCACCUCGCUUCUGCCCAAGGUCUUUGGGCCGCUCGCGCAGCGCUACGCCGACCGUCCCGGAGGAUAUACGCGCAUCCAGCGAUUCGGGAAGCGGCCAGGCGACAACGCUCCAGUUGCUAUCCUGUCGCUGGUCGACGGACCACGCGAUCUCAAGUUCGAGAUGGCGGCGCGCGCGGCGGCCAGGGAGACCUUGACGAGCGGACUGCUGCCCCGGACGAGGAGGAGUGUUGAGCGCGUGCUCAAGUACCGCGGGGAUGAGGGGAAGGCGCAGUUCAAGGCGCUGCAGGAGGACUACUCGCUUCGCCUUCGCGCCGAAGGCGACGCAUCCUACCCCGAGCUCGGACACCAGCGCGACGGCCCACCCGCACGCUUCAAGUUCCGCCCUCACUCGUUCACCAAGCCGCAGCACGGGCGCAAGCUCAUGGCCGGUGAGCGUCUGCCCGGCGUCCCCAUCCACUACACGGGUCUGGGUAUUGCCCGCGGCGCAUUGGGCCGCAAGCCCCAGCCCGUGGAGCAGCUGUUUGUGGGAGAGGUGCCGAAGGCGGCGGACAUCACAAAGGUCGACUAGGCCCAUGGUUGGGGACACAUGUAUGCAUUUUCAUCGCGGCUCA